AUGAGUAACGAACAAAGAUGUCAUCUAUUAUCAAUGAAUAAUGAUGAAGUUCAUAAUCCAACAUCACCAUCUCCCACUAACCGACUACCAUCUCAGUCAUUUAUUUUCAAUCGUCAAAUCAAUUCUCAGGCAGGCUCAGUACCUAAUUCACCCUUACCAAAAACAAAACAGUAUGUCAUGUCAUCAACACCGGGUACACCACAAAUUUACCAUCGUACCGUCGAUCAACAAAACUAUCAAUUACAACGGUCGAAACGUUCUAAAAAACCGAAAACACCUGCACGUACAACAAGUUUAAAUCCAGCUCAUUCAACACUGCGGUAUUCGUUGACUGAUUCAUCAUCUACAACUUUGAAACAAUCAGAUUCACCAAUUUCAUCUCAAAAACUACUAACCAAGAAAUCUGAUUGCAUAAGUACAACAAAUCGUUUGUCCAUUCUACAACGUAUAUUUGGCAUGAAAGAUACGACGACGAAUACAACGAAAAAUAUACCACAAUCACCGAAGUUAACUACAAAAGUGAAAACAUCCACACCAACAAGACCAUCGACUGUUGGGAAUGAGAGCGUACUAUCACAAAAUUUACUUACUCAUACGAGUUUGACACUCGAUUUACAAAAUAUUUUACCGUUAAGUAGUACAUUGUCCAGUGGACGAGCAAGUUCAAGUGGUUAUGAGUCAAUGAAUAAUAGAGAUUCGGGUUCAGGCUCAUCACACAACGAUUCAGCUGAAGAUUCUUCGUCGAAAACGAGAAGUAAAUCAGCGAGAAAAUCAGAUGAACGACGUUCGAAUAACAAUACGAAUAAUAGUAGUGCAUGGAGUCCACGAUUAAAUAAUAUGAAUGGAAUUCGCACAAGUAAGACUCGUGAUAAAAUUCAAACAACUCACGCCAAACACCAACAACAAUCACAGCUAAAUCGAAUUCAAAGUUUAAAACAACGUCAAGACGAAUUAAAAUUAGAACUGGCAAUGACAAAAACGUUUUUCUUAAUCGAUAACAAUCAACAAUGGAAUUACAAUGCUUCAAAUAUUAGUUCAAAUAUGAAUGAUGAAGAUGUUUUAGAAAAAGAAAUUGAACUAUUGGAAAAACGACUUGUUGCUACUAAAUCUCAUUUAAUUGAUGAAAGAUUUUGGUUACCUGUUGAAAAAAAGUUAUCUGAUCAAGAAAUAUUUAAACGAGAAACAUGUCCGUUACUUCAUUUCGGUGUGAGACUGGCAAUUUAUCGAGGAAUUAUCGAUACUAAUGAUGAUACACUAUUUCAAUUAGCUGGCUUCGUAGUACAAUCUAUUGCUGGAGAUUACACUAGUGACGAAGCAGCAAUUGAGACAAUUAAACUGGCAGGUGUCCUUCCAAAACGAGUAGUAGAAAGAAAUACUUCUCGGAUAUACUGUGAAGAUCAAAUAAUUAUUCAUUAUAAAAGUUGUAAAGAUCUUGAUCGAGGAUUCUGUAUAGUCAAAUACAUGAUGAUAGCAGAAAAUUUACCAAUGUAUGGUGUACAUUAUUUCGCAGUUCGGAAUAAAAGCAAUGCUCCUGCUUGGUUAGGAAUAUCAUUUGUGGGUAUCUCUGUGUACGAUUAUCAUGAUAGAGAAAAUCCAUUAAAAAUAUAUUAUUGGCGAUCACUAGAAAAUCUUUAUUAUAGAGAUCGAAAAUUUAGUCUUGAAGUUCAUGAUUUAGAAUCCAGUAAUUCAACUCCUUCAUUAACAUCCACACCAUAUACCCCAACGUCGACAACAUCAAUAGUGACUGAACCUGAUGAUAAGUUAAUUGAUGCAAUGCACGAUCCAUCAACACAGAUGUCGGCUGGACGACGUACAAAUACAACACCAAAUAUUAAAGUUCGUGCAUGGUUUACUAAUUCACCUCAAUUUUGUAAAGCAAUAUGGCAUAAUCAAUCUCUUUCAAUCAAUAAUCUCGUUCGAGAAUUAUCAAAUUCAACUUUGACACUUUCAGUUGAUAAUGCACUACGAAAUGGCUCGUUAUCAAGAUCAAACAGUGAGCAAAAUGAACAAGUAGAAGUUGACGUUCAACAAUUAAUGGAUUUGAUGAAACAACGGAAACAGCAUUUUGAAAAGAUUCUAAAUGAUAAAUUACAAGGAUAUAAUCAAUUGUGUCAACUAACGGGUACACUGUCGGAUGAUUUUGUUCAAGCGCAUUCAUCUGAAAAUCAAGAUAACACAAAUCAAAGCAUGGAUGAGUUACUAAAUGAGCGGGAACAAGAGGUUAUCAAACUAAAUCAGUUAAAACAAGAGCAUGAGAUUCAAUCAAAAAUUGUUAAUACAGCCAAAAAAUUAUUACAUGAUGAAGCAACUGGAAAUAGAAAUUUACUUGAUUCAGUGUUAAAACAAAGAUUUGAGUUUUACAGUAAUGUUAAAGAAAAGCUUGAACGUUUAACAAAAUUAAUUGAUACUACGCAAAAAGAUUUGGGAUCACGUUAUCCUUAUAUCAAUAACAAUACUACAACAAAAUCGUCGGUGAAUGUAAUGAACAGUACAAUACAGAACAGUUCUUCUUCUCCUUCACAAAAUUUUGUUACUACUCAAAAAUCGUCUUCUUCAUCACCCAAUGGUAUAACAAAACAACAUCACAGUCCAGCAAGAAGUCCAUCACCCAACUUUCAUCGAACAUCUUCUUAUAAACGAGCUUUAGGAAAUCAUCAACGCAACGCGCACACAACCACCGCGAAUAAUCAUUUAGUUAGUGAUAAUCAACCAUCACAAUUUAAUCUUGAUCGAAGUCAUUCCUCAGAUGUUGUCAGUGUUGCUGGUUUACCUCCAGAGUCACCGGCUACUUUCAAUCGUAAACAUAGUAGUCAACAGUUUCCUAACGUCAUCAUCCCGCCAUCUUCUACGUCCUCUUCAUCGACAGCGCCGUCUGUUCGAAACCGUGUGCGAGAUCGAAAACAACAGUCUGGUGCAAAACACAGACAGAAAGUCAACAAUAAACAAAAUGUAGAUAAUACAGAAACGGUAGCAACCAUAGACGACACAACAAAUACUACACCGACCUCUAAUAUACGUAGCCUUGAUCGAAGACACGUUCGAAGAAUUGAUGACAAUACGCCACCAACGCAAACAAAUAUAAGCACAACAGAUAUUUACGGUAGUUUAGAACGUAAUAAGCAUAAAAUAUCAACUCCCACCUUAGGUAUGAAUGGAUUACAACACGACUUUUAUCAUUUAUCAACGAAUAAAAAUGAUUUAUCGGCACUGCAACAGAUUAACAAUGAUUAUCCGACGCAUACGACAUCAACAAUUGUCACAGUUGGAAACGUAAUUCAUCCAAAUUUCGAUCAAGUCAAUAACAGCCGUUCACGUCGCCCUCCACACGCACAAAAACAAAUGACAGCUGUCUUUCAACCCCAUUAUGAUCGACUCGAUACGUGUACAACAUCAACUACCCAUCCACAGCAUCACUAUCAGCAACAAAAACUUGGUGCAGUCGGAGUUUCAAAUAAUCUUAUUGAUAAUAGUUAUUACACGAUAUCAGGUGAAACUGGUCAAAAACAUAUAUCGAGUCACAACAACAAUCAAAAUCGAAGACGACAUAACGACGUUAGACAUUUAGUCGACGAUAACUUCUAUCAAAAGUCAUCAGAUCAAACUUAUCCAUCACAGCAGAUACCGCUAACGAUGCAUCAUUACGAAACAUCACCAUUAUUAGUAAGACGAGUUAAUAUCGAUCACCUUUAUCCACAAACACGAGCAAACUUUCAACAACAGCAUUCUUCCAAUCAUCCAAUUAAUACGCUAAAUCAGCGUCAUAUCUCAUCAUUGUUACAACAACAGCAGCAACACCGAACUAUGAGUGGUGGAUUACAUCAAAGUACAACGGGACAACAAGCAUCCUCAGCAUCAUUACUGUUUCGACCACAUUCAUCACAAUCAUCUAGUUCUCACUCGUCAGGACCAACACGAUUAGAAUCAAAUAGUUCAAUGAACUCAAAUAGCUUUCACGUUGCUGACGAGUUUUCUGAUGAUAUCAUGCUUUGGCUAGCCACAACACAUGGAGGAAACUCGGCAACGCUCGUGUAA